AUGAGCUCGUCCCAGUAUUAUCCAUUCCAAUGCACACCGACCGUCUACCCGGCCGAUCCGUUCGAUGCCAACGAGGAUGCGGGCACGCUCCGUACCGCGAUGAAGGGUUUCGGUACGGACGAGAAGGCCAUCAUCGAGGUGCUGGCCCGUCGCGGUAUCGUCCAGCGGCUGGAGAUCGCCCAAGCGUUCAAGACCUCAUUCGGCAAGGAUCUGAUCAGCGAUCUGAAGUCGGAGCUCGGUGGCAAGUUUGAGGAUGUGAUACUCGCGCUGAUGACACCGUUGCCCCAGUUCUACGCGAAGGAGCUGCACGAUGCCAUCUCGGGCAUCGGCACGGACGAGGAGGCAAUCAUCGAGAUUCUGUGCACGCUGUCGAACUACGGCAUCCGUACGAUCGCCGAGUUCUACGAGCAGAUGUACAACGUUUCGCUCGAGUCGGAUCUGAAGGGUGACACUAGCGGUGCGUUCAAGCGGCUCUGUGUGUCGCUGGUGCAGGGUAACCGUGACGAGAACAAUGGCGUUGAUGAGGGUGCAGCGGCAGCCGAUGCACAGGCACUGUAUGAAGCUGGCGAGGGCCAAUGGGGUACGGACGAGUCCGUGUUUAACCAGAUUCUGGUGACCCGCUCGUACCAGCAGCUGCGUGCCGUGUUUGACAUCUACGAGAGCCUUGCCGGCCACCCGAUCGAGGAUGCGGUCAAGCGCGAAUUCAGCGGCGCUAUCGAGGAGGGCUUCAAGGCUAUCGUACGUUGCGUUCGCUCGAAAGUCCAGUACUUUGCCAAGCGUCUGCACAACUCGAUGGCCGGGCUCGGCACGAACGAUAAGACGCUGAUCCGCAUCAUCGUGAGCCGAUCGGAGAUCGAUCUGGGCGACAUCAAGGAAGCGUUCCAGGAGAUGUACGGCAAGUCGCUCGAGUCGUGGAUUAAGGGUGACACAUCGGGCGAUUACAAGCGCGCUCUGUUGGCAAUUUCCGGCUACCGGUGA